CGCUAACGACCUGCACGAGUGUGGGGCAAAGUCCACUCCAAGCAUCACAUCUAGUUGGGCAGGCAUUUCCCAACUUACAACACUCUCCUCCUCAGCUAAACAUCCUGAGUCGACCCUUUUGCGUGCGUUUGACUGCGUUAUUGGAUAUUCGUUUUGAGGCCCAGUUAUUACCAGUUAUUGAGCAGUUCCCAACGCCCACACUCCGCUGUGCCUGCAUAUCCCCGCCCCCCUCUUGCUUCUGUUGCAAUAUUGCUGGUCUUGGUCCGAAUCAAAAGCAUUUAGAAUUCGACCCACAAGUGGGAGACUCUCCUCAUCUCGCAGACGUUGACGUGGAUCUCCGACCCGUCUCGAAAAUCGCUGGUCUUGAUUCGGCUGUUGAAGACGAGGAAGCCGAAUUCGUUAUGAGAUGCUCACUACCUCCCCACAAAGAACCAGUGGGGUUUCGGUUCUAUGACGAAUACGAAACCCAUUACCACCAAUUUCACACAAACAGGUGCAUUGAAUGCCGCAAGAAUUUUCCCACAGAUCAUCUUCUCAAUGUGCACAUUGAAGAGUGUCAUGACCCACUGGCGAGGGUUGCUAGAGAGAAGGGAGAGCACACAUAUUCUUGUUUUGUUGAGGGAUGUGAGCGCAAGUGCAUGACUCCCCAGAAGAGGCGACUUCAUCUAAUAGACAAGCACAUGUACCCAAAGAACUUCUUCUUCGCCGUCACAAAAGACGGAAUUGACGGGAAACGUUCUCUUCUAAUCGAAACUGGCCGUAGGCGGAGAUCGUCGGCUGGUUCUCAAUCACAGGCGAAGGAGUUAAGGCGCCAUGCAAAUACCUUGGAAAAUGAGGCGUCACAUUCCGAUGACAAGUCACGGACAUCACGGCCAUCACAGCCUCCUACUACGGUGGAUAAGGGCGAGGCGAAGCCAGAGAAAAUAGAUACUGAUAUGACAGAUCUUACUGGAGCCAUGUCAGCGUUACAGUUUGUGCCACCCAGCGUCCGAUUCGGCCGAGGCCGAGCAGGAUUCUCAAAGAGGUAAAGGGAAUCAAGCGGAGUGAACUCUUUCGGUCUCAACAUAAUACCCAAUCUAUAUCCUCUCUCUUUUUUUUGUCCUUUAUCGGAACAUUUCAAUCGUAAUUUGACGCCCGACGCCCUAACGCCUUUAAACAUUCUCCGGCUCAUAUCUCUAUAUUCGAAUCAGAAUUUUCGGAAUUCAGGGGCAAUAGCCCCCUAUUAGUCGCUAGAUGCACAUCCUCUGCAGCCGCAGCUGACGCACUGCAUAUCGCUAUCUUCUUUCAGCUGAGCCCUCGGUACCCGGCAGAUGCAAGUACUGUUGAAGUUGGUUUCCUUGGUUUGAACACAGCGCAAACAACAGAGUUUCUCGUAACCU